CCACCUAGUAUAAAAAUACGUGAAGUAUGAAACUUAUAGGGAUAUGUAGGUAUGCGUUUUUACCAUGUUCUUACUGCCAAGUUAGUUAGUGCAAAUUUAGCGUGAUCAGCGGUGUCAGCAUGGUUCCAUUUUUAUCGCUUGUCACUAUGCCCGUCACUUUCGCGCUUACAUACUUGUUAGAACGUGACAGGCAUGGUGACAAAUGAUAAAGAGCCGACCAUCUUAGCCCUACAGAGUUCCUCAUUUAUUUAUUAAUAAAUGCAAACUUUUUACAUUUGCACUUCAUUCAAAUAUAAUACUGGCCUUUAAUACUGCACGUUGUCACUCCGACUGUCAAACAUUUACGUCAAUCACAAACUAGCAAAAAUUGCAUAAAUACGGAAAAUAUACAAAAACAUGUCGGCAUUCAAUGCCCCCAUCCCGCUUUCAGAUAUCGAAGCAGUAUUAGCGUGGGUGGAUAACUUCAAACUGUCGAGGCCUACAAAGAAGAUAAAUAGGGAUUUCUCUGAUGCCGUGCUCCUCGCCGAAAUCCUCAACGUGUACUAUCCAAAGCUGGUCGAGAUGCACAACUACCCUCCCCGCAACAGCCACGCGCUCAAGCUCAACAACUGGAUGACACUCAACAGGAAAGUGUUGAGAAAGCUGAAGCUCAACCUUUGCUGCUCAACUAUGGAACAAUUGGCUAAUUGCGCUCCGGGAGUAAUUGAGCGCGUUCUUAUUAUGGUUAAAGACAAAAUCCGUCGAGACGAAGAACUGAACAAGUCGAAGGAAGGCCAGGAGCCUUUGGAUAGCGGUGGCAGUUACUACGAGGCCUGUGGGGAUGAUGAACACGUGCUGGUGGUGCCUGUGAAGUCCAGGGUAAACGGCAUCCUGGAGACCAUUCAGCAGAAGGUGGUCAGCCAUGACAUGUUCCUCGCGCUGAAGCAGGAGCUCAAGGACUUGCAGGAAUGCAACGACGUUCUUAAAAAUAAGGUGGAACACUUAGACAACCUGAUCAAAUUAAAAGAUGAACGAAUAGACGAGCUACAGAAACAGCUAGAGAGAAAACAAACCAGGCGAAAGGAGGUUGAAGCUCUACAAAACAGCUUAUCCAUUCCAUUUGAACCUUCCCCGCCCUCCCCUAAGAUUUCUGAUUCAGUACCUCUUCUGAGCAAGUCAGCGUCACUUAAAUUCAAUGAAUCCGUUUGUAAAAUUCCUGUGCUUGAAGAUAACAAAUCCAAAGAUGAGGUUAAAUUUAUAAAGUCUGAUGAUAAAUUCAAAUAUGAAGCCAAAUUGGCAAAAUCUGAAGAUAAUAUAUCUCCAAAAUAUAGUACGACCAAACCAAUAGUGGCCAAAGUUGAAACUGUUAGUAAAAUACCAAAAUUAGAAGAAUUUUACCUUAGAGAUACAUCUAAAACUAAGUUAGAUGAUAAAAGAUCUGAAGAAAGAAUAUUGAAAGUCGAGUCGAUGGAUUCUUUCAGAAACGGAACCAAUUCGAAACACAGUUUGAUUAAAUUAAGUACGCUGGAUAUUAAAGUUGCAGAGUAUGAGGUUGAGGUCGACAAUGUUGAAUCAAAUGUAUUUAAGGAAUUUGAAAUGCAUGAGCAAAAAUCAGAAGAAUAUAUGGAUGAGUUCAAAGAUAGUGUAGAAGAUGUCGUGAUUACUAUUGAGGAUAGCAUCAAGAAGGAAGUAAAAGAAAUAACAAACACAUUAGAAUUUGCUAAUGAAAAUUAUACCUGAAUUGAACUUGUCUGUAUCUAUGUAUUGAUGUAUUUAAUUUGUGAUUGCUUUAGUUUAUAAAACGUUAUAGUGUUG